GCUUUGAUGGAUGUGACCCCUGGCUGCGAAACCCCCCCCAACCAGAGCCUAUUUCACACUCGGAUCUUGAAGGAGCCCCCGGAUCCCGGAGAGCGAUGAUAUCCAGGGGAAAUCGGAGCCUCGGACCAUCGGGCUACUGACUUGAGCCUUUGCACCUUGGACUUGCUCAGCUCUUGCCCGUCCUUCUUGACUAGCCUCGCCGCAUCUGGGCACCCUUCGCUUGUAUGUGCGCCGACUUCAGCCCGUUGACUGUGAUGCAGCGACCAUUGGGAACCGGCACCGCCUUCAGCAUAGACUCCCUGAUAGGCACCAGUCCUCAGCCCAGUCCCGGUCACUUCGUCUACACCGGCUACCCUAUGUUUAUGCCCUACAGACCGGUUGUCCUGCCCCCACCAGCCCUUCCACAGCCUUCUCUGCAGCACAACCUCCACGCCGUGCCAAGUCCUCACCACCACCAAGUGAGCAACCUGACCGGCUCUCUGUCCAACGGCUUCUGCACCAGCCUGGGCCAGGGGAUGGCCGUCACCACCCUCAUGGCCACGUUACCGGGCACGGGCGAAGGCAGCCGCAGCUUCCCGUCUUCCCCCAACCAGGAGCCGGCCAGGAAGUUCAUGCAGACUCUGGUGACCCUGGACAAGGCUGAAGGCGGGGUGCAACAGGAUGGAGAAGAAACCAAAGCGUUUCUGUGUAAGGACACCCCGGCUCUGUCUUUCCCGGUGUCCGAAGCCGUGCACGCAGUUAUAGGUGCCGUCACGACUAACAGGACACAAGAAAAAGCAGAAUCAAAGGUGGACGAAGAACCCAAAAGCAAAGAUGAGAGUUUUUCCAUGGACAGUGAUCUCGAUUAUAGCUCUGAUGAGAACAUCACAUCGCAGGCUGCUCACAAGGGAGAGGAGAGCGGCGUCGGCCUGGAGGAACACAGCCACCACACUACCACCCCAACAAACACUGCAACAGGCAAGAACCGGAGGAGGAGAACAGCCUUCACCAGCGAACAGCUGCUGGAACUGGAGAAGGAAUUUCACUGCAAGAAGUAUCUCUCGCUGACCGAGAGAUCUCAGAUCGCUCACGCCCUCAAACUGAGCGAAGUGCAGGUCAAAAUCUGGUUUCAGAACCGCAGGGCCAAGUGGAAACGGGUGAAGGCGGGCAACGCCAACUCCAAGUCGGGAGAACCGUCCAGGAACCCCAAAAUCGUGGUGCCAAUCCCAGUGCACGUCAGUAGAUUUGCGAUCAGAAGCCAGCAUCAGCAACUGGAGCAGCCCAGACCCUGAGACAAAACUUUCCAACCAGGCGAGACUAGGGGCAGAGCGCGCGUACACACGCACAUAUACACAGAGAGAAACAAACUAACUUCCUGGGUAAAAAACCCAAGACUUACAACAGACAGAUCCCUAUUUAUUAUAAAUAAAUAAUUAUGCUUUGUUUGUAUAUAAGAACUGAGAAAAUGCAUCAACUCUAUACGGUAUUUAACUGUUUCGUGGACCAAAACGUGUGCACUGGGAAUAUCGCGAACGACUACAUGCCAGGAGAGAAAGAGACCGCGAUACUAAGAUUCACAUUAAAUCCAUCUUCCAUUGGUGUUUAGACCACUUUGCAUUGUUUCAUCAUAUGCCAAAAGGUAAAUUCCGUGAAAUAUUGCUAUUUAAUGUCAUUUUUAAAUGUUCAUGAGGACACGGUCGUUGUGAUAGAUCUUUUUGUUAAUAUAUAUUUUUUUCGGCGUAAUUCGCUUUUGAAAUUGCAGUUCAUUUUUAAAGGAGAAAAAAAAAGACGAGUGUGACUAUAUGAAAUGAUGUUGUUAAUUUAUUUUACGUUUUCUUUUUGGAAAAUAAUUGUAGCAAAUUUCUUAUAAAUGAUGAAAA